AUGGCUCGUGACCGCAUCAUUGGCUGCCGGCUCCGGCCGGGGAUAGUUCUAUCUCUGCAAAAACGGGUCUGCUUAGGGAAUUCUAAUUCUGUUUUCGGCGGGAGUUUCGGUACGUACAAUCCGAAGUGCCCGACGCGUUUGCCAAUGUCUGUUAGCAAGACACGUACUACCAUACCAUGUCUAUCUAUCUAUCUAUCUAUCUAUCUAUCUAUCUAUCUAUCUAUCUAUCUAUCUAUCUAUCUAUCUAUCUAUCUAUCUAUCUAUCUAUCUAUCUAUCUAUCUAUCUAUCUAUCUAUCUAUCUAUCUAUCUAUCUAUCUAUCUAUCUAUCUAUCUAUCUAUCUAUCUAUCUAUCUAUCUAUCUAUCUAUCUAUCAAACACGCCAUCACGACAUCAUUCUUCACAGAGCCAGCGGGCAGAUCACGCGCAAGAAGCCUUCUGACAGCCCUAAGUCCGCGGGGGGAGCGCGCCACGGUCGUUGUACCAAGGCAUGUGCACUUGUGACCGAGGCGCAAUGA